GCAAGUGUCGAUCGAGUGUGAGUGCGCGUGCGGGUACGCAUGUGUGAUGUGGGUUCGGCGUCGCCCUGUCCCCCCUUCUUCCUCCUCAAAUAUUCUCAACCCCUCAACCAAUUCAUUCCCCUCACUCAUUCCUUCCUUCCUCCCUCACCUCUCCUCUCCUCUCCUCUCCUCCUUCUACCCAAGCACACCAACGCACACGCGUACGUGCAUGCGCCUCCGCGACACCUCGCGCGCGAGAAUUCAACAGACUUGGCACCAGAGCGAGCUGGAUUAAAGUCGGUGCCUGCCUCCCAAAGCGCGGCGAAGGUAGCUCGCGGGUUCUCCAGCCAAGCUAGCUAGCAGAAACCAUUGGCGCGUGCGGCUGACACAUAGCUGCCCUGCCGGUUGUGCUAGCUGCACGUUAGGCAUGGCGCAGGAGGAGGUCCACGACGCAGGCCUGGCGCUGGGCCUGUCCCUCGGCGGCGGCGGAGGCGACUCGUCAACGGCCGCACACCGCAGCAGCCGGCAGGCCCGGUGGGAGGCGCCCUCCAUGGAGCCGUCGCUGACGCUCAGCAUGCCGGACGACACGACCACCGUCACCGCGACCGCCACCGCCUCCGGCGGCGGCGGCCACAGCGUGUCGUCGCUGUCAGUGGGGGUGAAGCGCGAGCGCCUGGAGGACGCGGCGGACCUGGGCGAGAUGGUAUCCUCCACGGCGGCGGCGGAGGACGAAGACGACGGCAGCACGAGGAAGAAGCUGCGGCUCACCAAGGAGCAGUCCGCGCUCCUGGAGGACCGCUUCAAGGAGCACAGCACCCUCAACCCGAAGCAGAAAGUCGCUUUAGCCAAGCAGCUCAACCUCAGGCCGAGGCAGGUGGAGGUUUGGUUCCAAAACAGAAGAGCCCGGACGAAGCUGAAGCAGACGGAGGUGGACUGCGAGUUCCUCAAGCGCUGCUGCGAGACGCUCACCGAGGAGAACCGCCGCCUGCAGCGCGAGCUGCAGGAGCUCCGCGCCCUCAAGUACGCCCCGCCGCCGCCGCCGACCAACGCCAGCAACUCCGGGCCACCGUCCUCCGGGGCGCCGCCGUUCUACAUGCAGCUGCCGGCCGCCACGCUGAGCAUCUGCCCGUCCUGCGAGCGCGCCACCACCGCCGGCGGCAAGGUCGACCCGGACAGGCCCAAGGCCACCCACCACUUCUUCAACCCCUUCACCCACUCCGCCGCCUGCUGAUCUGCGCUCCAUCGCACCCCUGCUACUGUAGCUAGCUAGCUUAGCUACGAGCAGUAGCAGCUACCGCCAUAGCUAAUACCUCACCUCGCAAGCAACAUACGAUCCUGCAGGGACAUGGACAUGAUCCUCCUACUUUUGCUCUUUCUUGGUCUGGGGGUUUAGUUCCGAAUCUUUCAUCCAUUUAGCUAAUCCAUCAAUCAUAGACUCCAUCCAUAGACAGAUAGGUAGUCAAACAGCCGUAGCUAGCUACUACUCAAACCGGCCAUGGCCGUUGUAUAUUCUUGUUCAUGCAUGUAACCGUGGACCUCUCCUUUCCAGUUAGCUUCUCUGCCUUUUUGUUUCAAAAGCUAAUUAUCGGAGGAGAGGGAGACCAUUAGAUUAAGCCGCCGCUGUGCCGUGGUGAAUUCCUAGUAUGUGAUGACAUGAGAGGGGCAGGGAGAGCCUUCCUGUCGGGUGCGUACGUGUGUAAUUUGUAUACCUUUCUAACUUUCCUGUAUGCAUAUACGUCUCAAUGAUUGUGCCUGUCGGGGCCUAAACUCCAAA